AUGGAGGCGGAAAGGCUGAUGGUGUUGUUCGGGGACGACUCGGUGGAGGUGCACUACGCGGGGGGGUCCCGCUUGCUGCUGUCUCCUUGCGGCUCCGAGUAUCUGUACGAAGCGGCGCUCCCCGCGGCCGCCCACCCGCUCCAGCCGGCGGAGACCACCCGCCAGCGGGUCGCCUUUGUCGUCAGUGCCUACCGGGAACAACUUCUGCGAGCGCUAGAUUUCCGGAACGCGUUUUCUUCUCGCCCGUACUUGCCUUCACGUGUUAUACCUCCAGAAAGAAAAAAGAUUCUUCUCAGUGAUAUCUUAGAAAUUAAAUGGCCUGACCCUGCGACAGCUGAUCUGACAAGAUGCUUAGACAAUGGCAGUGUGAAGAUCUCAUCUGUAGAUGGCUAUGCUCACCUUUACUUGUCAGAAUUGCAGCAAGAAUUUACAGUGGAGUUCUUAUGCAAAGUCAGCCAGUCAUCUGCAGCAUCCUCACGCUCCUCUGAAAAGAACAGCAACUAUCAAAGCGGAGAUCAGUGUGGAACACCAAGUAAAAAUUCUGCUGCAGAAGUCUCAUCAAAACAAAGAAUAACAGAGAAUAGGAGUAAACGUGGUUGUGCUGAAGAUAGAUAUAGGGAACCAGCCAAACCAAAGGACCAGAGAGAUGGAGAUGGAGUCCCUUUGUUCCACACAAAUUGUUCUUCUGAAUACACAUGGGUUACACAGCGUUGGACUGUUUCCUUGUGCCCAGAAGAGUGGAAAUACCCUUUGUCCUUGGCACUAAAAUGCUGUAACUUACAUACUGUGGAAAAUGUAAUAAAGACAUAUGAGAAAACCAGCUGUACAGCUGUUGAAGGUGACGUUUUAGCAGCCCCUGAAACACAUGAUACAGUUUCUUAUUUACCUACCGCUUUGCCACUCAGCUGCAGAGCCCCACAUCUACACAGGUGGACAUUCUGCGACUUCUUCCAGAAUGAAGAUAUGGAUGAGUAUUCAUUCCAUCAGCUAAUUCAAGUAGUGUGGUGCCAAGGUGUUUUCUACAGAUUUAUCCAUGGUAGGACAAACAUCGCAGAAAUUUAUCCUGGUGAUGACUCAUUUUUCAAGUCAGAGGGAGAAUUUUUGGGAAAAUAUUUCACACAUUAUGCAAUCCAAAAAGGGACAAAAAAGGUGGAAGAAAAGAUGUAUUCAGUGAGCAGCCUACCUCCAGAUGUGCCAGGACAUCCAUACUCAAUAUCCUCCACUAUUACUCAGGCAACCAAAAUUCUUCAGUAUUGCUGCAAAACAAAACUGUCAUUAAGUCAUAAUUAUUAUCUCUGCUGCUGGAAAAUGGUAUCUGAGACUGAUGGACGAGAAAUGUUGCCAGUUUUGCUGCAUGAAAAGGUUAUUCCCAGCACAGGAAGACUGGUUGUGUACUCAGAUCAUAAAGUCCAUGUUGUUUUUUGGGAUAGGAUGGCCCUGACUAUGGUUUGGGAUUUCAACUCUUCCUGUAGUGAGAUCCAGAUAAAUGAAGAUGUAGGCUGGUGUAAGUUAACUACUCCUGAUGGGCUACAGCAGCUAAUACAGAUAAGUCAUCCUGGAGUCUAUGAAAGGUACAUCAGAACAGCAAUAGAAUGGUGCAGAAGUUUGAAUGAAAGGAAGGAGAUUGCUGAAUAUACUGCACACUCUGUAACUGAAGAAAAUUGGUCUGCUGAUGCUGAGAUUGAAAAAAUACAGAGAUUUAAUUUUUUAUUAGACAAUAGCAACAUUCUGAAAAGAUCAUCUGCCACAAAAUCCAAUCCAUCUGGUAUCACUGUCAGAAAAGAAGAAAGCGGGGGUGAGACAGAAGAACUCAGUGAAGGUUGUGUCUUGGAGGCUUUGGAAAAAACUUCUAAAGUCAUUCAGGAUAUUGAAUCUCUGCUUGCUGCUUCUGGGAGGUGAAGCCCUGUGUUCCGUGUCCUCACAGGAGCUGUCCCAGCUGUGUCUCAGGAGGCUCUGCAGGGAGAGAGGAAUGCUCCCAGCUGUGUCUCAGGAGGCUCUGCAGGGAGAGAGGAAUGCUCCCAGCUGUGUCUCAGGAGGCUCUGCAGGGAGAGAGGAAGGAAGGCUGAAGCCAGAGGGACAGGUUGCCAGUGAAGUCUGUCAGGUGCCAGUG